ACUCCACAGAAGUUUAACGAGUCAGUGCAAGGUGGAGGAACAAUUUAAACAUAUUAAAACUAAGGGGAACCAUCUCUCCUCCAACGCCCACACGUCCAGAGAAAAACUACACGCCACCGAAAGCCUGAAAAGUCGCGCCGCAGCUGCCGUAAAAGUAAAGGAAGCUCUUGGUUGAGAAGAUAAAGCGUCUGGUUUUACGGCACCGCCAGGGCGGGAAAGUGCCCGGCGGUCGGUUGCAGAGAGGGUCCUCGCCCCGCCCCCUCGGGCCGGGUUUCCGCGCACCCGGAAGGCGUGUUCCCGGCUGUCGGACCCAGAGGUGGUCGCCGGUUGAAACCCCGCUCCCCGUCGCUGGUGCCAUGGAGGCCGCAGUGGCGGCAGAAGUUGAAAAUGAGGACGGCGACGGCGACAGCAAUUGCGGGGACCUGUGCUUCAUGGACAAAGGCUUGCGAAGCAUCUCAGAGUUAUCUUUAGAUUCAGCCAUUCAUGCCAUCAAUCUUCACUGCAAUAAUAUCACCGAGAUUAAAGCCAUUGAUCAUGUUUGGAAUUUACAACAUUUAGAUCUGUCAUCUAAUCAAAUAAUUAAAAUUGAAGGGCUAACUACACUAACAAAACUAUGCACUUUAAAUUUGUCCUGCAAUUUGAUCACAAGAGUAGAAGGACUUGAAGCACUAACUAAUCUGACUAGACUGAAUUUAUCUUACAACCACAUAAAUGAUCUUAGUGGUUUUAUGCUCCUUCAUGGGCUGAAGCAUAAAUUAAGAUAUAUUGACCUACAUAGUAAUUGUAUAGAUAGUAUCCAUCACUUACUUCAGUGUAUGGUAGGAUUGCACUUCUUGACUUAUCUUACUUUGGAUAAAAAUGGAGAGAAUAAUCCUGUUUGUCAUUUCCCAGGGUACAGAGCGAUUAUUCUCCAGACUUUGCCACAGCUUAGAAUUCUGGAUUGUAAGAACAUAUUUGGUGAAACAGUAAAUUUGUCCGAAAUAAAUUCAUCACACCUACAGUGCUUAGAAGGUCUUUUGGAUAAUUUAGUCUCUUCUGAUUCUCCCCAAAAUAUAAGUGAAGAUGAGAUCAUUGGUAGUACACCAGCGGUAACACCGAACAUUGAUCAGUUAACACCCUUGGAUCAAUUUGAAAGCACACCAGCUGCUUUGACGUCCUUUGUAUCUGUGUGUCCAUCUUCUGAGCCAGAGAAAAUUAAUCAUAACAGUGAUUUUCAGGAUGAUAUGCAACUUCAGAAAUCAGAUUAUCAAAUUUUACAGCUUCUCAGUGAAACCUCUAAUUGUUUAUUAGAUAAUGUUCCUGAAAGAGACAUCAGACCAAAAAGAGACACCGAAGUGACUUCUGAAAGUGACGUUGGAAACAGAAGAGGAAGCAAUAGAAAAAUUCCUCAAAGAUCAAAAAUCCCGUAUUACUCCAGAACUACUCAGACUUCUAAGCACUGCAGUAAAAACAGCUCUUUCAUAAGUUGUAAUCGUAAAAUGAAACAGCCUUACCUUAGAGAUUUAUAUGUAAGAUCGUGUUUUGCUAACUCUAAUACAUUAGAAGAAUCAGAUGAACAGAAGACUGAAGUAAUGAAAGUAGACCCAUGUAGCACAGAAGACACCACUUACCGGUCCCUUGUUGAACAGCUAGAUCAAGAAAGAGAGAAGAGAUGGAAAGCUGAACAAGCUGAAAAGAAACUUAUUGAUUAUAUUGAUGAACUGCAUAACCAUGCAAAAGAGAAAAAAGAUAUUCAUAGCCUGGCUCUACUUACCACAGAUAGGCUAAAGGAAAUUAUUUUUAAAGAAAGAAAUUCCAAAAUGCAACUCGAAUUUAUGGUUCACAAACUUCAAAAUGAAAUUAAAAAACUAACUGUUGAAUUAAUUAAAGCAAGAGAUCAACAAGAGGAUCAUCUGAAAGCCCUAAGAACCAUGGAAAAAGCAUUAGAAAAAAUGGAAAGGCAAAAAGCAAAGCAACAGGCAGCACAGAUGAGACUUAUUCAAGAGGUGGAGCUCAAAGCUUCAGCUGCUGAUAAAGAAAUAAAUUUACUUAGAACAUCUCUUCAUCAAGAAAAGGAAAAAGUAAAACAACUUCAUGAACUUUUUGCACUGAAAGAAGAAGGACACAGGAAAGAACUUGAAACAAGGGAACUUUUUAAUGAUGCUGAGUUCCAGAAUGCCUUAGCUAAAGGAAUAGCCAAAGAAAAGAGAAAACAUGAGCAAGAUAUAAAAGAAUACCAGGAAAAAAUUGACAUAUUAAACCAGCAGUAUAUGAAUUUAGAAGAUGAAUUCCGGGUUGCUUUAACGGUUGAAGCCAGAAGAUUUAAAGAUGUUAAAGAUGGUUUUGAAAAUGUUGCAGCAGAGUUAGCAAAGAGCAAACAUGCUCUUGUUUGGGCUCAACGAAAAGAAAAUGAGUCUUCCUCUUUAAUUAGAGAUCUGACAUGUAUGGUGAAGGAACAAAAAAUAAAACUUGCAGAAGUUUCCAAACUGAAACAUGAAACAGCAGCAAAUUUACAGAAUCAAAUCAGCACCCUUGAAGUUUUGAUUGAAGAUGACAAGGAGAAGAGUAUUCAAAUAGAACUUCUCAAGCAUGAAAAAGUCCAGCUUAUUUCUGAGCUAGCAGCCAAGGAAUCGCUAAUUCAUGGUUUAAGGACAGAAAGAAAAGUAUGGGGAGAAGAGCUGGCACAGCAGGGAGCAUCUCUAUCCCAAAAUCGUGGAAAAUUAGAAGCAAAAAUUGAAAAUUUAUGUAGAGAGAAUGAAUCUCUGCAAAAGGCAAAUGAACGUGAUAAUGAUGCGUUAAGAAUUAAGAACAAAAUCAUAGAAGACCAAACUAAAACCAUUAGAAAAUUAAAAAUUUGUGUACAGGAAAGAGAUGAACACAUUAAAACAUUACAAGAGCAGAUCACUGAGAUACAAAAAUGUACUCAAGAACAACUUGAGGAAAAAUCUUCACAACUGGAUGUUAUAAUGGAGAAAUUGGAAAAACACAAUGAAAGAAAAGAACAACUAAAACAACAGUUGAAAGAAAAGGAAAUAAAACUUGAGGAAAUUAGAAAAGCUUAUAGUAUACUUAACCAGAAGUGGCAUGAUAAAGGAGAACUUCUGCAUCAUCUAGAAAUACAAGUAAAAGAAGUGAAAGAAAAAUUUGAAAACAAGGAAAGGAAACUUAAAGAGGAAAGAGACAAAAGUAUUGUACUACAAAAGGAUGCACUAGAAAAACUUCAUAGUAUGGAUGAUGCCUUUAAAAAACAAGUUGAUGCAAUUGUUGAAGCUCAUCAAGCUGAAAUACUACAACUGGCAAAUGAAAAGCAGAAGUAUAUUGAUUCUGCAAAUGAAAAGGUUUAUCAAGUCGAAGAAGAAAUGCGUGAGCUUCUGGAAGAAACAUGCAAGAACAAAAAGUCAAUGGAGGAAAAAAUUAAACAACUCUCUUUUGCUCUAAGUGAAAUUCAGCAAGAAUUGUGAUGAUUCUGAGAAAGAAAUUCAUUGAAAUAUACCAGCAAACCUAUUGUAAAAAUGAUUAAAUAUUGUAACAGUAGUAACUUCUAUGACUUUGAAAUGUCUCUUUCUACACAUUUCAUUCUGAAUAUAUUUUUUAAAACUUUGAUCAAGUAUUUAAUUGUGUAUACAGGUUUUUAUAAUAAAUUAAUAAUUGUGUGUAAUAGAACAACCGAUGAAAUAACAAGACUUAAGACACUUUUUCUUGUUUCUGCGCUGUACAUUGUUUGGUAACACAUUUGCCCAUAUAUAUGUAAAUGAAAAUAUGGUUAGUAUUUUGAUUAUGUGAGAAAUUAUUUCCAUCGUUGUUACUUUACUGUGUUGUUGAAGAAUGAAUUAUAUUUAUUGGUGGUCCUUUAGUUAAUAUAGCUCCAUUCUUUUGCUCAGAACAUAAGUAUAGUCAAAAGUGAUUUGAAUCUCUAUGAUAAAAGAUGUGGCAUUCUUAAAGUAUAUGUACAGAGUGACUGACAUUAAAUGGCAGAAUAGGGCACGUCAAGAUGAUACCUCCACUGAAGCAAUCGUUAAGCUAACCGAAAUCAGCAGAAUCAAUGUUUUUUUGAAACUCUGGAUUGUUAUGUAAAACUUACAAUAACCAGAGAAGUGCUUAAUGACAAAAGAGGCUGCAAAAUUUCAGUAAGAAAGCAUCCUGUUAUUUUUGCUCGCCCCUUUCCCCAGCUCAACAGCAGUGCCAGCAUUCUACAUUUCCUUGUGCUUGCUGCAUUCCCAGCAGCUUGCUAUCGCCAGGGGUGGGCAAUAUGGACCUUCUUCUCAAAACAUUGUGAUUGUGUGUUUUGAUCUGUGUCACAGUUCCCUGAGGGACCCUUGCAAAGGCUUCCCUAUGUCUCAAACCCAUCAGACUCAAGCAGCAAACUGGGAGGCAUCUGUCGGUAUCAGAGCCACCUGAGGGAAGGGACAGAGGAUGGGGCAAGCAACAAGCAGACCCAAAAGCCUAGUAAGGUGGUGGUUGAAAAGGAGGAUCCUUGGGGGGACAAAGGCUUUUUAUAAGUGUAUACCAAGUGUCUUGAUUUGUAAAGAUUCUGUGACAGGUACCACACAGUGGAUUGGCUUAAACAACAGGCAUUUAUAAUCUCAUAGUUUUGAAGACUAGAAGUCCAAAAUUAAGGCUUUUCUGGGGCUUGCCUCCUCCUGAAGUUAGCAUUCUGGUGCUGGCUUGCUGCAGUCCUUGGAGUUCCUUGACUUGCAUAUCUCCCCUAUCACAUGGUGAUCUCUCCCUUUGUGGCUGCUCUUCUAGGUUCCUCUGACUUUUGCCUUCUGGCUCCCCCCUGUGACUAUCUGAUUCUGGUUUCUGAGGCCUUCAGUAAUACAGAUUAAGACCCAUCUUCCUUCAGUUGGGACACACUUUAACUAAAUUUAAAUACCUUCAAGAGGUUGUAUUUACAAAUAAAUUCAUACCCACAACAAUGUGGAUUAAGAACAUGUCUUUCAUUGUGGUACAUAAUUUAGUCUACUAUGCCAGCAAAAUGAGAGUACAAUGUACAUGCCCAGUGAUUGAUGCAUGCUUAGAAAAGAUUUGAGAGGACACUAGACUUGCACUUGUAGUCAGUCAUUGGGUUCUUCACCAGCAGGUGGCAAAGGGUAAGGCAGUGUUUUAAAUGUCCUAGCUAAUUUGGAGUGCUCCAGCUUAAAGACAAUCUACAAAGACUAGUGGAGUUUUUGGUUUUUGGCAACAGGUGUUUAAGGAAUGCCUGUUAGGUCAUUGGCUCCCAAGAUAUCAGACCAGACUUUGGAUGACAAUAUAGUCUUGAAAAAAUAAUUUGGAAAAGUCACUAAACAGACAUCUUCCCUCAACAAGCAACAACAGUAAGCCUUGGGGAAUAGGGAAGUCCAGAGUGCCACCUAAAAUUCAAAAUGCCCAGUUUUCAACAAAAAAAUUGUAAGACAUGCACAGACACAGGAAAUGUGUGGCCCAUUUACAGGAAAGAAAUUGACAGUCUGUCCGUGGGGAACCCCAAGCAUCAGACUUAGUAGGCAAAAGCUUUAAAUCAACUGUAUUAAAGACGCUCAAGGAACUAAAGGAAACCAGACAAGGAGCCAAAGAAAAGCAGAACGGUGUAUUGAAAAAAGAAUAAAGAAAUAGAAAUUUUAAGAACAAAGUAGAGUUUCUGGAGCUGGAAAGUACAAUAUGUUAAAUGAAAAAUUUGCCAGAGGAUUUCAACAGCAGAUGUGAGAAUAAGAAGAAAAAAUGAAUUCAAGGAUAAGAAAAAGUUAUCCAAUCAGAGAAGCAGAAAGAAAAAAAUAAAGGAAAAUGAACAGAACCUAAAGGGCCUAUGAAACACCGUGAAGCGUACUAACAUAUGCAUUAUAAGAGCACCAUAACAGUAGGGAAAAAGGAAGAAAUAUUUAAAGAAAGAAUGACAAAAAUAUUCCCAGAAAAUAUUUGAGAAAAGACAUGAAUCUAUACAUCCAAGAAUCUCAACAAACUCCAAGCAACAUAAACCAAAAAGAGUUUUCUCCAUGCACAGACACAAAUUGUUAGAGAAAGACAGACUCUUGAAAGCAGCAAGAAAAGCUGAUCAUAUAGAAGCAUCUUCAGUAAGAUUAACAGCUGAUUUCUCUUCAGAGACCAUGGAAGCAGGAGACAAUGGGGUAUUUAAAGUGCAGAAAGAAAAAAAAACUCAACAAAGAAUUCUAUAUUUGGCAGUUAUCCUUCAAAACUGAAGGAGAAGUUAAGACAUUCUCAGAUAAAUAAAAAGGUCAGUUUAACAUUUUUUGUUUAUAACUCAUUUGUUUUAUGUGUGAUUUCAAAGGCAAAUCCAUAUAAUUAUAAAUUUAUGUUAAUGGUCAUAGAAUAUAUAAAAAUUUUGGUAACAAAAGGGUGGAAAUGUAUAGGAGAAGAGGUUUUGAGCACUAUUGAAUA